CGCCAACCUGUCAUUUCCGACCGAGUUUGGCAUCCCCACAGGCGAUGGUGCUCCGAAUAGAGAACACAAUGAGUGGAUUGUCGGGACCAUCAACGCUGGGUACGUAAUGUUGGUUAUCCUUCAAUACACUCUCUCAAGAUCGUUUCCCGUGGCAAGGAGCCUUAGCUGCUUCCUCUUCUCAACGUCACCUCGCUGCACAUUUGGGGCCAUCUUGACGAUCUAUGACGGAUUGACUUUCUAGCCAUUACUUCUCUUACACUGGAAGAAAUCGUGUUUUGUAGUGGUUACGCUGAUACCCCAUUCCUUGUCCUUGUCCUUGAUUGCCGUCAAAGUGCACCCUGCGGCAUUCGGUGCCUACGCGGUAGCUCGAGCUCCCGCUCUAGAGAACCUAUUGCUCGCGUACGCCUACGAAAAAAUGUACAUGACGUUACUAGGGAGACCAGCCGCUUCGCACUACACGGCUUGCACAUUAUUCAUUCAACGUGUGACAUGCACAGUCCUCUGCGCCACUCGCGGGACGCUUCGGGAAGUAGAUAUGAAGCACGUCUUUUACGGCGCUAGCCGGAUGGAGGCCGCCAUCCUGGAUAUCUCUCGGAUUCAGAAAGUCAACUACCACUUGUUCGACUUCUCGAAAACAUCUUUCAUUAUCAGUAUCCGUUGUCUCUCUUAUUGCCUUGACCGAAGCGACCAACCUGCAGCUUUGAAGCAGCUCCAUAUUCACAUGGUUCCUGCCGCCAGACCAGAAUCGUUGGAAAAGGUCUAUUUUGACAUAUUGGCGUUAUUGGAUGGAAUUCUUAUUCAUUCUCGAUACCAUUUCUUCGAGUUCGUUCAUUUCCAUCUGCUAGCGGAGAGUGACAGCUGGGAUUGGAUUGAGCCCAAGGAUUUUCAAGAUAACAUACUGACGUCGUUGCCCAAACUACGCUCCCUCGGGCUACUUGCAGUCGACUUCUUAAAGUAGCGAGACUGCUAUAUGUUAUGAGAUCAAAUAAUUAUGGUGUCAGUUCUUUGCGCUAGAAAUCCAUGCUCUUGUAGCGUAUCGGAGAAUGUACUUCAAUGGAGAAUA